CAGUUCCUCCCGCCUCCCACCGGGUUCGGUGGCGCCGACCUGGGCUGGCUGUCCAUCUCCAGCCAACAGGAGCUCUUCAAGAUGGUCCGGCCGCCUUACUCCUACUCUGCGCUGAUAGCCAUGGCCAUCCAGAGCGCACAGGACAAGAAGCUGACYCUGAGUCAGAUUUAUCAGUACGUGGCCGACAACUUYCCUUUUUAUAAGAAGAGCAAAGCCGGGUGGCAGAACUCCAUCCGGCACAACCUGUCUCUGAAUGACUGCUUCAAGAAGGUAGCGAGGGACGAGGACGACCCAGGAAAGGGAAACUACUGGACUCUGGACCCGAACUGUGAGAAGAUGUUCGACAACGGGAACUUCAGACGGAAGAGAAAAAGGAGAUCGGAUAUAAACGGCUCUCUCCCGGUCAAAUCAGAGGACGCUCCGCAUAAGCUCUCCGACACCGCCAGCCUGCUGACGCCUUCCCCGUCCAGCCUGCACGGAUCUCCGGCCUCCACGGAGCCAAAAUCGUCGYCGCCUCCCUCUGCGGAGCACAGCCCCUGUUUCAGCAGCUUCGUGUCGGGCGUCAACUCGUUGCUGGCGGGCAGUGACGGCUCCGGGGCCCCUGGGGGACUGUCCCAGAGCAGGGAGAGCAUGUCGGGACUGGGAUCCUACUCUCCCUCCUUAAUCUCCCCUCUGAACUCUGACAACAGAAUGAACUAUUAUACAUCAGCGCAGAGCCUCUCCAACCACUUCAGCGUAAAUAAUCUACUAUACAGUCGAGAGGGAACAGAGGUUUAGGCGGUUUGCUGCUUCUAUGGUAUGGAGCUCCAAAAGUGYCAUAUUUGGAUAAAUGAAUAAUUACAACGUUUACAACAUUUGUGUCAAGAAUUAUAACAUGGCAAAUUUAGUGUUUAUGUUUUGACAGAAAAAUCCCCAUGGCUCUCUAUGGCCAUUUCAAUAAUUAAAAUAAAUAUCAAUAAAUUCAUCAAAUUUGCAUUGUACCAAAUAUGCCUUAAUAUUUACUUUACUAACCAAAAAAAGGGGGGAGGAAAGGAGGAAAUCACAAUUCUUUUAUUUAAUAGCUGUGCAUUGUGGAG